UAGUCGACUCUGAUAUUGCCUGAUGGUCCUGAGAAUAAUAACAAACCAACGCUACUCUCCAUUCCACCGCCUUCAUGGAUAAACGUUGUUUGUCUACUUCCCCGACGGUUUAGACCAAAUCUGGAUGUAAUUUUAAACCUAUUAUACGACCAGCCGGGCAAAUUCACCUGGAUUCCUAAUAACGACAAGCUUUCAUAAUCAAACCGUUGAAAUUCAAACGCUAGGUUGAGUCGUCAGGUAUUUUCCUCUCACGUUUGUCGUUUUUUAACGUUUCCAGUUUUUAUUCUAGAGGUCGUUUUUUUCUCUCUCACUGAAACAGUUUUGGAUUCGCUGGAAAGGCAUUUUAAACAUUCAUUUUAAGGGUGGCGCUGUUGAGUCAUGUCUGGAAUCGCUUUGAGUAGACUGUCACAGGAGCGCAAAGCCUGGAGGAAAGAUCAUCCUUUUGGUUUUGUGGCAGUACCAACCAAAAACCCAGAUGGCACCAUGAAUCUCAUGAAUUGGGAAUGUGCAAUACCAGGAAAAAAGGGGACUCUUUGGGAGGGAGGACUGUACAAACUGAGAAUGCUCUUUAAGGAUGAUUACCCAUCUUCACCACCCAAGUGCAAGUUUGAGCCGCCAAUCUUCCAUCCAAACGUCUAUCCUUCAGGCACAGUGUGUCUGUCCAUACUGGAGGAAGAGAAGGAUUGGAGACCAGCCAUCACCAUCAAACAAAUAUUGUUGGGCAUCCAGGAGCUCCUGAAUGAGCCCAACAUUCAGGACCCAGCGCAGGCAGAGGCCUAUACGAUAUAUUGUCAAAACAGGAUGGACUACGAAAAACGUGUGAGGGCACAAGCUAAGAGAUUUGCUCCUGCAUAGAGCGGCACGUGCAUCUUAUAAAGAUAUUCUGCACAGAUGCCAAUCUGAUGCUCCAGAAUCCUUCACCACUCAAUGAAAACCCCAAAACUGCAGUUGAGAGUUGAAAUAAAGAUUUGUUCAAGCUGGCUUCAGCACAGAACUGAAUGAGAAUGUGUGCAAAACAAUUCUAAGAUGGAAACAACCGAGACAAGUUAAUGUUGGCUGCUGAUCACUGACCAGUGUUUUAUAUAGUGAUGGUGAAAUCUUGUUUUGUUUAGGUUUUUUUUUUUUUUUUCUGAUGAGGAAAAUUGUUGGUGAUCAGUCGCUAAGAAGCAACUUUCACACAGAGCAGAGUUGGUAAAGUUUUCUGUGUAUAUAUAAAUAGUAUAAAUAUAUACAAUUAUUUACUUU